UAUACAUUUGCAAGGUCAAAUAUAGAAUAACUAAUUGGUACAUGAUGGGUUCUUAGAAAACAUAAGUUUUUAAAUUAUAAUUUCUAAUUUGUGUAUUUGCAAACACAACAACGGUAUCGACGUUCAAAAUGUCAGGAGUAACAGUAUGGACAUUUUUUUCUAAAGACACAGCAAUGCAAGCACAUCUUGACAUUCGGUUCCUAACCUUGCUGCUUCCCGUGUACGCCAUCUACGUCAUGUCGCCCUCCAUGACGAUAGCCUUGUCGCUAAUGACUGUCCUCAGUCUGGCUACCUUGGUCUUCACCACCGUCAAGAGGAUGAGACUCCCCACCGCAUGCCGGACAGUCGUUAUUACCGGGUGUGACUCAGGAUUUGGGAAUGCUCUGGCCAGAAAACUCGACCAGACGGGUUUCACGGUGUUUGCUUGUUGUCUUUUUGUAAAUGAACCAGGAGCGAGGCAGCUGGAGAAAGAAUCGAGUUCUCGUCUGCGCACUCUCCAACUUGACGUCACUUCCGAUGCCGACGUCCAGAGUUGUCUUCAAUAUGUUGCAAAACACUGCGGAACAAACGGCUUGUGGGCGCUGGUCAACAACGCUGGUGUCAUAGUGUACGGUGACGUUGAGCUGUGCAGCGUGGAACUGUACAAGUCAGUGUGUGACGUCAACCUGUUCGGACUCAUCCGAAUGACGAAAGCAUUUUUACCUCUUGUGAGAAGAGCUCACGGACGUGUUGUGAACGUGACCAGUGUACGCGGACUUGUAGCGAUUCCCUGCUAUUCGGUGUACGCCAUCACCAAGUUCGGGAUAGAAGCAUUCUCGGACUCUCUUCGCUUAGAAGUACGACCAUUCGGGGUGAAGGUCAUUGUUGUAGAACCUGGACUCUAUGGAGGAGCCACCGGUAUUCUCAAUGAAUUUAAUAAAGAAAGACUCCAGAGGACCAUUACAAAACUGGCGGAAAAAGCUAGCCCGGAAGUGAAAGCCGCUUACGGCGAGGAUCGUCUGUUUCGGCUGCUUGAACGUAACAUCCGGGGAACUUCACACCAGAAUCAAACCAUGGACCCCGUCAUUGAAGUCAUGGAAGACGCUGUCACGCUGAAGUACCCACCCCAACGAACUCUGGUGGCCGGGAGUAGCAGAAUUAUGGAUAUUGAUUGUUUAUUGGCUCGAAUGCGGCCGUAUCUUCCUACAUUUGUGACUGAUAUUCUGGUCGAAUACUUCAAUGGAAUUCCCAUCUCGCGUUCUAGCUACAAGUCCAACUGAACAUCAUGAUAUACAGAAUGUAGUUUUCUUUAAAACGUUAAUCUCCACUCAUCAUAUUUAUAACAUCACUUACUAAAUUAACUGCAAAAUAUAACCACACUUACAAUUUUAAUAUAUGUGUGUGGCAUCAACUGUUAUUUUUAACUGCCUUCACAACUGUUACCAUGCAAGGCACAACAAAUCGAGAGAUUCCGGAAAUUAUCCUAUACAGAAUCAUAUCAGGGGAGAAGUACGACUGAUACAUCAAAGGCCGUGGUAUGUGCUAUCCUAUCUGUGGGAUGGUGCAUAUAAAAGAUCACUUGCUGCUAAUCGAAAAUAGUAGCCCAUGAAGUGGCGACAGCGGGUUUCCU